UUAAAAGUUAAAAUUCAAGAGUUAUUUCCCGUUGACCUCUUCUGACUACACAAACAUGACAACGAAGAGAGUGGGUAUUUUGGCCGAAUUCAAUUAUGAAGACCUCGAGUUGUGGUAUCCAUAUUAUCGUCUGAGAGAGGAGGGGUUCGAGACCUUUACCAUUGGUCCGGAGCAAGGCAAAACUUACAACUCAAAACACGGGUAUCCAUGCAAAGCGGAAGUGGGCAUUGAUGAAGUCAACCAUGAGGACCUGGCGGCCCUCAUUAUUCCGGGAGGAUUCGCCCCCGACUACUGGAGAAGGGACAAACGGUUCCUUGACUUGGUGAAGAAUAUGUACCAGUCGGGUAAACCUACUGCAGCGAUCUGUCACGGGGCUUGGAUGUUCUGCUCAGCAAAGAUUCUGAAAGGGAAAAAACUGACCUGUUUUGUUGCUAUAAAAGAUGACGUCGAAAAUGCAGGAGGCAUAUACGAAGAUUCACCUGUGGUUGUCGAUGGGAACUUAAUCACUUCUCGCCUACCGAAAGAUUUACCUGAUUUCUGCAAGGCUAUCAUCGCCCAGCUUAAGAAAUAACACCCACAUCAACCAGAAAUUCUCAGACAUACUUUCCACAACAAAGUCGCUUUCUGAGUAAUUCUGUUAUGAUAGGAAACCAGCAGAAAUAGACAUCAGUUUAUAGUUUUUCACGUUUGGAGAUACGUGAGAAAGGAAGGUGUUAAGUUUACAAGAAAUAAAUUAGCAUUGUAUACAUGUAGUAAAAGUUAACGAAAUGGAAGUUUUGAAGAAGCUGUGUUAUCAAAUAAAUUGAGAAGUUUAA